AUUCACCUGAGUUGACUAGUUCUCUUACAGCUGUUCAAAUCAAACAUUUCCUUUGUGCAUACAGAAAGGUCAGAAACCCACGCUUCUGUUAUUAUUGAUGAAUGUAAGCAAAGGGAUUAGAGUAGGGUUUUUUGAUACAGUGUAUGUGCACUGUUAUGUAUUAUAUGUAUGUGACGUAAUGUGAUGGUAUUUGUUUUAUUUGCAGUUAAAUGUCCAGGGCCUAUAAGAAACAGAGACUUUGUCACUCAAAGGUCAUGGCUAGCAACAGAAAAGGAAUAUUUGAUUCUCAAUCAUUCAGUUAACCAUGAGUUAGUUCCAAUCAAGAAGGGCUUCCUUCGUGGCAUGUCCUAUCUCACGGGCUAUGUGAUGCGCCCUCUGGAAUCAAAUUCCAAGGGUUGCCAACUUUACUAUGUGACACAGUGUGAUCCUAAAGGCAAAUUGCCAAGUUGGGGAGUUAAUAAACUUACAACCAUGCUGGCUCCUAAGAUUAUACAACGACUGCAGAAGGCGGCCAAAAAUUACGAAUCUUGGAAGUCUAAGAAUAAUCCCAGUUUCAAGCCGUGGAUAUAUCCAGAACAGAUUACUAUACCUCGUCUUAAUUAUGACCACAUCAAAGCCUUCUCAGACAGUCUUGCACAAUCUGAAGAAUCCUUGGAAGAUGAAGAAAAUUUCAAAUUAUCCGAUUUUCAUGAUGAAGAUGUAUAAUAUUUGUGUAUAUACAAGCGAUUUAUCAUAUAUAGGGAAACUUAAUGAUGGUAAAUGCCAAGAUCUGUAUAAUUUAUGAUAUUAUAGGAAAGUAAUUUAGUUUUAGAAGGGAAUAAAAUAAAUUCUUGGAUAAUGCCAAGAAAGAACUGUACUUCCAAAGUUAAACAAAAACAUAAUAUUUAUACAUUAAUUGCUCAAAAUAGUUUUAAAACAUAACAUUUGCCAUGGUCUUCUGACAUGUGAUCUCUAAUGUAAUCUUUUCAAAAAUCUAUACACAUAUUAGAUGGAAAUCCCUUCCCAAAACCUUUUAUAUAAUCUUAUAUAACUCUAAUCUUUAUAUUAAUGGAUGAUGUUUUAUAGACACCUAAAAUUGUCUCUUAACUUCUUACUAAAACUUCGGUUGUGUGUGUCUUAUUUUGUGCAGGGGCUUGGGUCAUUUGGUAUUUAAGGCUAGGGUUUUCAUAGCGUAAUAAGCCUUAGGCUUUAAAAGGUUUCAUGUUAGGCUACAUUUUGAAGGGAAUCAUAUGGUCACUAUACAAUAACUGUUUUUAUUUAUUUAUUUAUUUAUUUAAUAUAAAUAUUUAUUUAUUCAUAAAUGUGUGACCAGACUUCAGAAGGACCCAAUUAUUCCUCUGUCAUCUGAUCACACAACUUUCCAAAGUAGUUGAAGGUGGCAAGUUGACUUCAUUUCCUCUUGCAGUUUUUUUUUUUUUUUUUUUUUUUUUUUUGUACAGUUAUUAUCGAUUUUAGAUGUAUAAGAAUAGUAAUAAUAACUUUCUUCAGAUCUUCAAGUAUCUUAACUUUAAAUAGAUCUCUUACCUAGUAAGACAUUCCAUUUUGAAAUUAAUCAAGAACACUAUGUCAUAGCUAAAUGAGACUCCAGAAGUAUUGAGGGUUUUUAGAAACUAAAUAUUUUGAAUGUAUUCAUUAUUAUCAAUUAUUUACAAUAUCUAAUGUAAUUUGCAUCUUGAUAUAUGUUAACUGGAGUUUGUUACCACACCUCAUAUAUACAGAGACAGAAAAGUCUGUUUAUAAAUAUAAACAACUACAGAUGGAGGUUUAAUGGUGAACAUGAAAUUUCACCACCAAAAAUGCUGUGAUGAGCCCUAGUGCAGGCAAAACCUGUCAUGAUGUGAAUAUAAAUUUCAUGCAAUUGACAAUCAAUUUUGAGACUUUUUGUAGUGAACGCCUAGGAUACUGUCAAAUGUCACUACACAAAUUGCUAUGUAUGCAAGGCACUGUAACAUCACAACAAAUGUAACACAUCUGUACAGACUGUUUUGUUGCACAAACAUGUCGCGACUGUAGCGUAUUUCAUGUCUUAGUUCUUGUCACGCCAUGAACUAACAAGCAGUCCUCAUAUUUCAUCAUAUUAAGUUUUACAGGAAGUCGUGCAGGGAUGGAGUUCGUGCCAUUUGAAACUGAAAUAUAAUCAUAUUGGGUUUGCUGUGACAGUCCUAUGUUCCAGAUCUUCCAA